UUCCUUGUUUGAAAACGAAGGUGAGGGAAAGGACAUUUAUAAGUUUUAACAUCAUCUGCGGCAGGACUAUGGCAUCAAAUUUUGAAUCCAUUCAGAUGGGCUGUGAUUUCAUCCAUGAUUUCGCCUGUUCCGCUUGCGAAGAAGAUGGACUGAACACGGAAGCUCAACAUUUCUGUAAUCAGUGCACAAAAUAUUACUGCAAUAACUGUGUCCCGGUUCACAACAAACUGUACAAGAGACACGCAGUGCUCGAUAGGAAGGACGUUAAGAAAUGGGCGGCGGCACCAGGGACGGUGGAAGUGCUUGAGAUAUGCGAGAGGCACCCCGGGGAGGCGCUGAAGUUGGUAUGUGGUGACCAUGACCAGCUGUGUUGUCAUAUGUGCGUUGCCGUGGAUCAUAGACAAUGUUUUUCAAUACAACAUAUUCAAGACAUUGCGAAGGACAUCCACAAAGAUCCCGAAUUUCGUCAACUACCUCAACGGGUAGCUGAACUUAGAACGCAUCUAGAAGAUAUGAAAAACGACAGAAAGAAAAAUGGGGCCUCUCUAAAGAAAACUCGAGCAGUCAUUGUUGGUGAAAUCAAAGCCAUCCGUAAAAAGAUCAACGACAUUCUUGACAAGAUGGAGACAACAACAAUACAAGACCUAGACCGUCUGGUAGCUGAUCAGGAACUGUCCAUCAAGAAAGAUAUGGACGCCUGCACACUGAUGCACGACGAAUUAAAAAGCAUUAUGGAUGCCAUUCCAAACAAAGAGUCGUCAGACAAACCGCCCCUUUAUAUUGGGUUCAGGAAAUGUAAAGAAAAAAUAAAACAAGCCAACGAAAUUUUGCAAAACAUAUCAAAAAUUGUAAAAUACAAAAUAACGUUUCGAAAAAAUGAUGGAAUCGAAGAGAAUUUGGCUACGAUGGCGAAAUUUGGAGAUAUUAAUGAAUCGAAUGUUUUUACUAAAAAAACACUACCACUAUUCUCCCAAGAUCAUGUAUUCGAUAGCCAAGGUUACCACGAGUACAGCGUGGAGAUGUGUUCAGACAAAAACAGAUGUGAUAUUGAAGGGGUAUGUGAACUGCCUGGCGGAGAGAUUGUUAUUUCAGACUAUUCGAACUGUAAAGUGAAACUACUGGACCAGCAGUACCGGGUUGCUGACCACUGCGAUGUCCCCGAGUAUCCAUUUGACGUGUGCCACAUUGGCGGGAAUGAGGUUGCAGUUUGUGUUAACUUUCGUGAUGAUAGACGUGAACUUCAUUUCAUUAACAUGACAAAAGGGAAACUUGUGACUACGAGAAAGUUGUGUUUCAUGCACAGAUCUUACGGCGUAGCUCAUCACGGUAACAAGCUUUACAUUUCAUCAAACACUGCGCUGUACAUCUACACGAUGUCGGGAAAGAAUAUUAAGAAGCUGUACGAGGAUAAGUCCGGUGGUAACACGGUGCAGAGAAUUGCCAUCAGUAACGACGGGAAAACUGUCUUCAUCACAAACUUUUCAAACAAUCAACUUAUCACCCUGGACAACCUCGGCAACAAGCUGGCCACGUUCACUGAUCAUUACUUGAGGGGACCUCACGGUCCAGCAACAACUGCUGGACAUGUGUUUGUCUGCUACUUUGAUUCCGAUACAAUACUGCAGGUUGACAAGGACGGGAAGAAGAAGUUGGCCACCCUGGCCAGGAAACAAGACGGGGUGCUCUCCCCUAAAGCUUUGUUCUUCAGCAGCCGUACUUCUUCGCUAUUUGUCUGCGGAUCAAAAGAUACGCUCCUUGUCAUCAGUUUACGAUAAACAACAACCAUAGAUCCACUUACAAGUGACAAAAAUGACAAAUAUUUCAACUUAUCUUUUAUACGUAUCACUUUUUUCUUGUAAGUAUUAACAUUAUGAUGAUUGUUCAACGUAAUACAUUAAUAAUAUUUGCUUAAACUUAAAUAUACAUUUAUAUGUUGAUGUAUUACACGUCUUGUUUUCUGCUACAUAGUUGUAACGUUCACCAUAUGCUCUUUACUUAAAGUUUAUACAGAUAUUCACAUAUCUUCUUUAUUUUGUAUGAUUGUUUAUGUAUCUGUAUGAUUUACUCUCUCUUUAUGUUGUCAAAUAAAUUUGUCCA